AAGCAAAACAAAAUGACGUCACGUCCGUCUGUUGCCAACAGCGGCGGCUAAGCUAACGUGUUAGCGUCUGAAACAUGAGUUUCUUUUUACCAAAAUUGACGAGCAAAAAAGCCAUUGAUGAGGUUAUCAAGGGCGUAGCGGAGAAAGUGUUGGUGCUGAGGUUCGGGAGAGAUGAAGACUCGGUUUGUCUCCAGCUCGACGAGAUCCUGUCAAAGACUGCCCACGAUCUGAGUAACAUGGCGUCCAUCUACAUCGUUGAUGUAGACAAAGCACCCAUUUAUACCAGAUACUUUGACAUCAGCUACAUCCCCUCCACUGUGUUCUUUUUUAAUGGGCAGCACAUGAAAGUCGAUUAUGGGUCUCCAGAUCACACUAAGUUUGUUGGCAGCUUUAAAACCAAGCAGGAUUUCAAAGACCUAAUCGAGGUGAUUUACAGAGGAGCCAUGAGGGGGAAAAUGAUUGUCCAGAGUCCAAUAGAUCCUCAGAAUGUUCCAAAAUAUGAUCUUCUCUACCAUGGGAUUUAACAUCUUCUCUAGUGUCAUCUCUGUUACAAGACAAUAUCAAAGUGACACACUUCUAUUGACUGAUAAAUCCACUGAAUUCUUCUAGCCACUUAAAACUUGUGUGAAGAAGUUUGAAUAGUUUCAGGAGAAAACAAACAGUGUUUUCUUUACUCCUUUUCUUCUUAUUUGAAGUAUUUUUUCUUUUGUUGCAUCUAUAAUGAAGCAGCAAUUUUAUAGGUUAUCUUUUUGUGUGCGGAUAAUAAAGGCUGAAGUUAUUUUUCCCAUGGAAAACAGCCACAGACUGCUGAAGCAAUUGACUUUUAUGCCCAAUGUUAAAGAUUUGCUGUGAUAAUAAACCAUAAAGCUACUCAAA